AUGGGAUCCGCUGCGUUAGUGCUGGUAUGGUCGCACCCGUCAGUAAUUGCGGUCCGAGCGAAUUUGAUCGCCGGGAUCGAUAGCAACCGCGGAGGAACCGGGCCAGCGAUUGUGGGGUCCGCGGAGCUCGUGGCGAUCAAAAACGAGGGGCCAGCGAGUUCUGAUGAGAUCCGGUGCGUUAGUGCUGGUAUGGUCGCACCCGUCAGUAAUUGUGGUCCGAGCGUACUUGAUGUCAGUGCAGCGGGGGGAGCGAUCGCAACCGUUGAGGGACCGGGCCAGCGAUACGCAGGGAGCGAUCACAACCGCGGAGGGACCAGGCCAGCAAUUUUGGGGUCCGCGGAGCCCGUGGCGAUCGAAAGCGAGGAGCCAGCGGGGAGCGCUUGGAGGGGCGAGAUUGGGGAAAAAAUUGCUUCAGCGUCCAGCGCAGGGUGCGAUAGCAACCGCGGAGGGACUAGGCCAGCGAUAGUGGGUUCCGCGGAGCCGGCGGCGAUUGAAAGCGAGGGGCCAGCGGGUAGCGCUUGGAGGGGCGAGAUAGCGGAAAAAAAUUGCUUUAGCGACGAGAAGGUCCAGUGCAGGGAGCGAUCGCAAUCGCGGAGGGACCGGGCCAGUGAUUGUGGGGUCCACGGAGCCGGCGGCGAUCGAAAGAGAAAAGGGGGGCAGCACGAGGAUUUCCCAGGUGGUCACCCAUCCGAGUACUACUCUCGCCGAAGCACACUUAUCUUCGGAGUUCUGAUACGAUCCGGUGCGUUAGUGCCGCGCAGGGAGCGAUCGCAACCGCGAAGGGACUGGCCAAUGAUUGUGGGGUCCGCGGAGCCGGUGGCGAUCGAAAGCGAGGGGCCAGCAGGCGUAGGGAGCGAUAGCAACCUCAGAAGAAUCGGGACAGCGAUUGUUAGGUCUGCGGAGCCCACGGCGAUCGAAAGCGAGGGGCCAGCGGAGAGCGCUUGGUGGCGCGGGAUAGGGGAAAAAAAUUUCUUCAGCGGCGAGAGGUCCAGCGCAGGGAGCGAUCGUAACCGCGGAGGGACAAGGCCAGCGAUUGUGGGGUCUGCGGAGCCGGUGGCUAUCGAAAGCGAGGGGCCAGCGGGGAGCGCUUGGAGGGGCGGGAUAGGGGAAGAAAAUUGCUUAAGCGGCGAGAAGGGGAUCGAUAGCAACCGCGGAAGGACCGGGCCAGCGAUUGUGGGGUCCGCGAAGCCCUCAGCAAUCAAAAGCGAGGGGCCAGCAGGGAGAGCUUGGAGGGACGAGAUAGGGGAAAAAAAUUGCUUCAGCAGGGAGAAUGCGCAGGGAGCGAUCGCAACCGCGGAUGACAGUGCCAGCGAUUGUUGGGUCCGCGGAGCCCGCGGCGAUCGAAAGCGGAGAGCCAGCGGGGAGCGCAUGGAGGGGCGGGAUAGGGGAAAAAAUUGUUUCAGCGGCGAGAAGGCCCAGCGCAGGGAGCGAUUGCAACCGCGGAUCGGGCCAGCGAAUGUGGGGUCCACGGAGCCGACGGCGAUCGAAAGCAAGGGGCCAGCGGGGAGCGCUUGGAGGGGGGGUCACCCAUCCGAGUACUACACUCGCCCGAGCACGUUUAACAUUGGAGUUCUGACGGGAUCCGGUGCUUUAGUGCCGCGCAGAGAGCGAUCGCAACCGUGGAGGGACCGGGCCAGCGAUUGUGGGGUCCGCGGUGCUGGCGGCGAUCGAAACGAGGGGCCUGCGGGGAGCGCUUGGAGGGUGCUGGUAUGGUCGUACCCGUCAGUAAUUUCGGUCCGAGCGUAUUUGAUGUCAGUCCAGCACCGGGCCAACGAUUGUGGGGACCGCAAAGCCGACGGCGAUCGGAAGCGAGGGGCCAGUGAGGAGCCCUUGGAGGGGCGGGAUAGGUCCGGCGUGGGGAGUCAUAGCAACCGCGGAGGGACCGAGCCAGCGAUUGUGGAGUGGGGUCCACCGAGCCGGCGGCGAAUGAAAGCUAGGGGCCAGCGGAGAGCGCUUGGACGGGCGGGAUAG